AUGCAUAAGGCAUACCAACCACUGAAACCUGCAACGAACAAGUACCUGCAGAAGAAGUGGGACCAGACCAGCUAUGAGGAGCAUAGGAAUAAGGUGAGCACGGCCAGGCCCAUUGUGGACACUAAGGGCAUUAGAACACCUGCACAUGUUCAGCUGAAACUCAAGAAACUCCAGUUACAAGAUGAGAGGCUGGUCACAAUCGAGAGAGACAACCGUCACCUGUCCUCCAAGCUGUCUGACAUUGUGCGGUCCAAAGGUCUGGUCGACCACAGGAACCAUUAUCCCGAGAGAAGUCUGAACGCUGAGAAGAGGAGGCAUGAGCUGCUGCAGGUGACUAGUCAGAACCAGGCCAUCUACCAGCGAAUCACGGCCCGUGAAUCUGACUACCGUCGCCAGCUCUGGUUGGACGACUGGGAGAGGGUGGAGCGCAGACGUGAUGACAUCGCUCGUUACCCUCGUGGAGUCGCCAACAAACAGAAAUCCAAGCGGAGGGUGAAGUUUGCGGUCAGUGACUCGGGACAAAGUGAGAAGUCUUCAGAAAGCAACAGCUACAGUGACACCAACACUGACCAGGAGGAGGAGGAGGAGGAGGAGGAAGAAGAGCAAAAGGAAACAGAAGGAAACAAAGACUCCAAAACUCCAAAUGAAUGA